UAGUAAUCAGCGACGGUAGUCAGCGCUCCAUCGUCCGUCGCACUGCCAGCCAGCCUGGCGACGUGCGUGAAUAUCCUGUGCGCGGCUCUGCGGCGCUGCGCCAUGGCCUCCGAGACCCUACAACCCACCCGCAAACGCAGCCAACCGUCGGAUUAUGAGCAGCAGCUCCAGCGUGAUGAGACCGUCCAGCAGCAUGCAGCUCCAGUUCUCGGAGUUGCGCCAAUCAAGCGACGCCGCUCAUCGGCAUCCUCAGCGGAAGAACACUCGUCAUCUACAGUUGGAGAGCAGAAACAACAGUCGCCAGUUGAAGAGAAGGAGAAAAAUCUGGAUGGAGCUCCUGAAGGCGAACUCUUCCUUGUGACGGUCAAGACGCGAGAGGAACUGCUAGAGAGCGAGGACGUAGCCUCGGACGCUGAAAAACUGGACCAACUACUGCAACACAAGCAGCAGAUAACAAUAACUACUACUACGGAUGAUGACGUGGCUUGGGGUCACGAGUUUGAGGCGCUGGACUCGCUCCGCAGCUUUACCAAGCAUCACCAGGACGCGGCUCGACGUCAGUUAAACAAUGAUGUGCUGAAGUUGCUGGUAUUACCCGCAGCAUCGAGUUUGCGCUCAGCUAUGGCUCGUAACGCGCUGCUGUGCGUGCAGGAUCUGAUGCUCGGACUCAAGACCGACACAGCUGCCCAUUUGGAUGCUAUUGUUCCGGUACUGCUGAACCGUGCAUGCUCUGAGAAGCAGUUUCUAAGGGACUUGGCGAGAGAAGUGCUGGACACGACGCUGCUAGCAGGAGCCAACGAGGAGUUUUUGCGACCGCUACUGGCCACGAGUACGACCGAGAAGAACGCACAGAUUGUCAGCGUGGCUGGAUUGUAUGUGACCAAGUGUGUCAUCCGGAUGGAGCGCGAGCAUCUCCGCAAAUUUGUGCUGGAGACUCGCACCUCGUUCUUUGACGAAAUGGCAGCCUUCCUUAACUGCAAGGUUGUCGAGUGCAAGGCAGCUACACGACGUACCUGCCAACACACACGCCGAGUCAUUGGGAACGACGAGUUUCUGGCGCUGGUCAAGGAAAAACUGAGCGGCAGUGCGCAACUAGACGUCCUGAAGGCUUCAGAGAUCCGCAAGGCUGCGAAGCCUGGCCACGCCAAGUCGAGUAUUCGAGAACGUAUGAUGCAGAUGAAGAAGCAGCAGCAACAGCAGAAGAAAGUGCAGAGUGGAGGGAACGACAUUUCGGUCGUCGUGGUCGCACCGCCGCGGUCGAGAGCGUCUUCAACGCAGGCAGCACCGUCGUUAUGACCACAAUGCUGGGAUGAGCUAUUAUGCAGAAUCUCCGCAUUUUGCUGUACCUUGUUGAUACUGGCAUUGUGUGGUACUUUUACUGUGGUCGAUCUCCGAAUGGUAGAGAUCCCAGACCACUUUAGACAGCGAUUGAUCGUGCUAGGCCGUUUGUACCUUGCCCAUUGCCGAUCAUGGUGAGGUCUUGCAAGUCUAGGUUACCUGGAACAAGACUUGCAAUCGAGUCUGCAGAGCAAGAUAUUGAUUGGAAUAAUGAAAAGUCUACUCACCAGCACCUAGUUAUCGGUGACGACACAGCUCCUCAGACCCACCUCCAGCUCGCCCUUACGCAGAUGAAGACCGAUGAAAACCACCUGCGUUACGCGGCUGUCUUUGCUGUUGAGCUCGUCUUCCGUCCAGCGUUCUUCUGACGCAUACACUUCGAACAACUCGUGCACAGCCUGCAGAAUGAACUUGUUGGUCUCGCCCGCAAUCGCCACCACGCCCUUGACGCGGAACAGUUUCUGGCGCGUGGCAGCUUCAGAGCCUGGCUUAAUCUCCGCGUCUACAUCUUCAUCCUGCUCCCACAAAAGUUCUCCUAGCCACCUCUCGAGUUUUUCCUGGUCCAGGGGUCCAUCUCGAAUCCUCACGCACGUGGUCUGCAUGCCUCCUGUGUGGGUCGCAUGGUCAUGGCUUUCGUCGUUGCAGUUAUCGUGGUCAUGGCCCUCCUCUUUACCUUCAGCUAACAAUGUGUUCAACUCCUUCUCCACCUGCUCGGCUCUACUGGUCGUGAAGCUCUUAAUGUUGAGAAUGUCGUCCAGGUUGACUCUGGAUCUCUCGGUCCAUCGGACGCUGGCCAUGCCGUUGACUUGUGUCACCGUUUGCUCGAUCUCCAGUCUCUGCUCCUUGUCGGGCACGAGGUCGCCCUUGUUCAGCAGGAUCCGGUCUGCGUAGGCCAGUUGAGCUGCCGCCUCUCGCUGUGUGUCUGGAUGAUUCAGAUGGAAGUUGAGGCGUGGGGAGUCCACGAGAGUGACGAUCCCGUCCAGGAAGAUUCGUCCUUCAAGCUCGUCGUCCACCCAGAAGACGCUGGCCACUUUACCAGGGUCUGCCAUGCCCGUGGUCUCCACCACGAUGUAAUCGAAACGAUCUCGACGUUCCAGUAGCUUCUCCAGCGUAUUCACCAGGUCGUCGCGCACUGAGCAGCACACGCAGCCAUUGCUGAGCUCGUAGAAUCCGUCCAUCACGUCGCCACCCGCGCCAUCUUUAGCUACGAGACUCUCGACGCCGAUCUCCUCACCAAACUCAUUCUCAAUCACAGCAAUGCGCUUGCCGUGAGAUGCGGAUAGGAUGAAUCUGAGCAGCGUCGUCUUGCCUGCACCCAAGAAACCAGACAAAAUUGUUACGGGGAUCAUAGGCAGAGCAGGCGCUUCCAGCGCGGGCGGCGCAUCGUCCAGCGGCUCAAGUUCCGGCAGCUCCAUGGCUAUCCCUGUAUGUGAAGAUGUUGUCUGAAGUGCAUGUUCUCUGAAUGUACAAAUGCACCCAGUA